AUGUUUCAAAUUUUUGACUUUAUAUAGUAUUUUUAUUUGCGCGCUACAAACCAGUUUUUAUUUUAUAUAUUAGAUUUUAAUGUAAUAGUUGCUGGCGAAACAAUACAGCGUUAACUAUAGUUAAUAAUGUCAUUAAGUACAAGUGAGAAAAACAGUCUUCUCAAUGAAAGAGGUAUAGCAAGUCAAAUGGCAAAACCAUUUGCUGAAGUAAAUAAGGAACUGCGACAAGUACUGCUUGAGAAGAACCGAAAAAAGAUUAGUGCAGAAGGAGCUUGUGGAUAUCGUUCACCGGAUGGAGAGGUAGAUAAACGAAGCUAUUAUAGAAUGAGAGCUAUAGAAGAAGUAAUAAUAUCGGAACGAAAUUAUCUUGCUCAAUUGGAACUGCUCAUGAAAUUCUUCGUACGACCUAUAAAACACCAAGCUUUGAUAGACGACCAUAGCCAUACAUUUCUAUUUGGACAAAUUGAGAUGAUAUAUAAUUUAAAUAUGGAGUUAUUGCAGGAACUUGAAGAAAAUAAAGAAGAUGUUGCGAAGGCUUUUCUUAAAAUUGCUCCUUUUCUGAAGCUCUAUUCUGUUUACGCAUUUGACUUUCGAAACGCUUUGCUUGUACUUCAGGAAAUUACCAGUAAGAACUCAUCGUUUCGUAAAUUUAAGGAGCAAACUGAAACACGUCCUGAAGUACAGCGAACUUUAAAUUCACUCAUGAUUGUUCCAAUACAACGGUUACCUCGAUAUAAAUUGCUAUUAGACCAAGUGCUUUUAUAUACGAGUCCUUCUGAAAAUGAUUUUAAGUUAUUGAAAGAUUCCGUUAAAAAAAUCGAAUCCAUUGUGUCGCAUAUAAACUCGUGUGUGGAGGAACAAGAAGUAACUCUUAAACUUCUUAAUUUACAGAAUUCUAUAAUUAAUAGAUCUCCUAAUAUUGUAAAACCUUCACGGAGAAUUAUAAAAGAAGGAACUAUGAACAAAAUAUCUCGAAGUGGUACCCAGAUUAAGCGUUACUGUGUUCUAAUGUCCGACAUUUUCUUAUAUUGUAAAAUAUUAAAGGAGCGACAAAUCAAUACCGUUGUGGAAAACGCUUUGGAAUGUUGUUGCAUAUUUCCCUUAAAAAAAUGUAAAGUAUACGAACUUUUUCCAGACAGCUUCAAAAUAACUUGUCAAGGUGAUGGGAUAAUAUUAAAAUCACCGGAUGUACAACUUGUACAAGAAUGGAUUGUCAAUAUACGUUAUGCAAUAGAUACUCAUAUUCAAUGCCGAAGAACAUUGCGCAAGGAAUCAAGUAAACGUAAGCCCACAAGGAAGAAGAAUGUCAAGUACUUUGAUUGCGAAAAUACCAAUAGCAGGAAAUCGGGAUACGAAAGCAUAAUAUACAAUAAAAAUUGUAAUACGUCCUCAGAAGAUGAAGAUGAAAACAAAGGCUGUUUCCGGUUUAAUAAAAUUGGUUGUACUUCAGCAACAGCCGCAGAGAACAGUCAUGAAGUAAGAAAAAGUGCCCUCAAACGAAAAACAGAAUCGGCAGUGAAGAAUAUGAAUCAAACCAAAACAGCUCUAUCAGAAUAUACAUUUCAGAAAGAAAACGACGGCAUCCUACUUCCACCGCUUGAAAAACGAGUUAAAUUUGAUUUAAAAGAAUGUAAUACGAACCGGCGACAUGAAAAGUUUGCAACUGAGAAUGUUUGUUCAAAAGAAUCACUUGCUGAUAGAGUAUAUAAAUUUUUUGCGAAUUUAUUUUAAUAAAUAGAAAAUGGAAAAUACAGCAGCUAA